UCCCACGGUUAUUUUUCAGAAUGAGAUAAGACCCAGCAAAAGCAGAGACACAUCCCGAGUCCCCGACUCAUCCGAGUCUCCGGCGAGAGCCGCCGCCGCCGACGUGCCGGACUCCGGCCGCACCACCGGCCACCGCGCUAGCUCCGCUUCAGGUAAAUCCCCUGAGCAGAGAAGAUGGGUUGAAAUCUCAUCCGUUUUUUUUUGAUUUGAGGUCUCCUACCUCCGGCGAUGGAGUCGGCGGCGGCGGCGGCGGGGUGGGGGCUCGGAGCCGUGGACGGCGUCCUGCCGCCGGAGCUGCUGCUCGACGUCCUGCUGCGCCUCCCUGCCGGGCCGAUCUGCCGCCUCCGCGCCGUCUGCCGCUCGUGGCUCGCCUUCACCACCGACCCGCACUUCGUCGCCGCGCACGCCGCCCGCCACCCUGCCCCGCUCCUCGCCGUCGGCGUGCAGGGCUUCCCCAGGCUCUGCGUCGACCUCGUCGACCUCUCCGGCAACCUUGUCAAGCAGAUCCUCCGCGUGGGGAAAGGCAGGGUGGUGAGCGGGAGCUCCGCCGACCGUGUCCUCGUCGCCGGCGAGGACCACAGCGUCCGCGUGCUCAACCCUACCACUGGAUCCAUUUCAAUUUUACCUAGCCAUCGCUGCGGCGGCGCAGACCCCUCAACGAUUGCGGCCUGGUUUGCAUUUGGUCAGACAGCUUCCACGGGGGAGUGCAAAUUAGUCCGGAUUUUACUGAAUAUUGAUAACUCUCGUCACCUAUCCGAGGUUAUCACCAUCGGCGACACGGAUGGAGAGUGGAGGGAGACGGCGAACCCGCCAGGCUACCUUGGUUGGAACUGCACCAAUGGAGUUGUGUUCAAAGGCGCUGCUUACUUCAUCUUGGAUUACUGUUUCUCUGAUCCCUCCUUCCUCGAGAGGGGCUGCAUGCCUUCCUUUGACUUUGCGACGGAGAAGUGGAGUGUGGCCCUCCAAGGGCCGUUGAACAGAAUUCUCGAGGAAUCCAAUGGCACGCUCAGCUAUCAUGACCUUGCCAAUCAGCUUAUGUUAUCUGGACUUAAAGGCACUUUGUGUACAUCGCACUGGAAUGAUCAAUUUUAUACCGUGGAUCUAUGGUUUCUAACUGAUUCUGAAAAGGGUACAUGGUCCAAAGAUCAUAGGAUUAAUGUUGAUGCUGUUUUUCAUGGGAUUGGAGAUUAUCUGAAAGUGCAACCUUUGCUUGUGACGGAUGAGGGAAAGAUAGUACUCUCGAUGCAGAUGGGAUCAAAAGGGGUUGUGCAGAUUUAUGAUCCAGUAACUGACACUUCCUCGGAUAUAAUUCAGAUUAGUAUCUACACUGGAGCAAGUGUGUUCACUGGAAGUUUAUUAUGUCCACAGAGUGUGUGACAAGGUUGGCAGGGCAUUGUACGAGGUGCUACCACAAAGCUGGGCACUUAGGAUCUCUACUGCUCUGAUGAUGUUUCGGUUUGGUGUCAUCAAGGUGUAGCUGAUGUCCCUCGAAAAUGUAACAAAAAAAAUGGUGUAGCUGAUAUUUGCUGUGUCUUCGUCAUGUCUCUGAAUCUCUGAUCGAUCGCGUUAUUGCGAUAUGUUCUGUAAUCAUAUCAACAAUUCUGGAGUUAAGCAUAUGCCGUUAGCUCGAGUUUGAGGGAUCGUGUGCUCCUGUCUCGAGUUUUACCUGA